AAAUGGAAUAUCAGCCGUGGUUUCUCAGCAGACCCGUACGCCGUCUGUACGUCAGAUGCUCAAAGAUGGCGGCCCCCAAGGGGCCGAGGCGGAAGUGGUGGCGCGGAUAUAUUAGCUCAUAAGGAAAUGCCGGAAACGCCCUAUCGUUCACCAUAGAAACGCUGUAGAAACGCCGCUGAUCCUUGACGGUUGGUGUCGGUAGAGGGGGCUGGGCAGGGGGACCAGAAGUGAAAGAAGCUUAGGGAAGAAAGUUAGGCCAUGAAGAGGUGGCUGCAGGUUCAGGAGGUUCAGGUUUAAACAUCAGACAAGAUAUGAAUGAAGAAAGAGGAGGUUCCAGGACCUAGAUAUUAUUUCUGGGGACACUCUGGCAGCUGUGAUAUCUAAGUAGAAAUUAACAGGAAUAUCCAGAAGAGACAGAGACAGAACCUCUGUGUUGCCAACUGUUUUCAGAGAACAGAGAAUAUGAUCCAGGCACAGGAAACCCUGUCAUUCAAGGAUGUGGCUGUGGACUUCACGUGGGAAGAGUGGCAGCUCCUGGCCCCUGCUCAGAAGACCCUGUACCGGGAUGUGAUGCUGGAGAACUAUAGCAACCUGGUGUCCGUGGGGUAUCGAGUCAGCAAAUCAGAUGUGCUGUCCAAGUUGGAACGAGGGGAAGAACGAUGGAUGACAGAAGAUGAAAUCCACAGUCACACCUGGCCAGAAACUGGCAACGUUGGUAAUCAUCUGCAGGUUGACUGGGAAAAUAAAAAAAUGCUGAAAGGUAUUGAACAAUACCAGGAACGUAAUACAUUUGGAAAUCCUGUUCCUCAAAGCCAAAGUUAUUUCUCUUCCAGGCAAAAUCAUGAUAUGUUUGAGUUCUAUAUAAAAACUUGGAAGUCAAAUUUAAGUUUAGUCAUCCAGAGCCAAAGCUAUGAAAUUAAAAACUCUACUAAAUGUAAUGGAGAUGGGAAAUCAUUUCUGUUUGGUAAACAUGAAAAAUGUCAUUCUCCAGUUAAAUGCCCUGUAAGUGCAAAACCCAUCAGCACUAAGUCCCAAGUCAUUAAGCACCAAAUAACUUACAACAUAGAGAAAGCCCAUGUAUGCAGUGAAUGUGGGAAAGCCUUUGUUAAGAAGUCUCAGCUCACUGAUCAUCAGAGAGUUCAUACAGGAGAGAAACCUUAUGGAUGCAGUCUGUGUGCAAAAGUAUUCUCCCGGAAGUCCAGGCUCAAUGAACAUCAGAGAAUUCACGAGAGAGAGAAAUCUUUUAUAUGCAGUGAUUGUGGAAAAGUCUUCACCACGAAGAGCCGUCUGAUUGAACACCAGCGAACUCACACAGGAGAGAAACCUUACAUAUGCAGUGACUGUGGAAAAGGCUUCCCAGGGAAACGUAAUCUCAUCUUACAUCAGCGAAAUCAUACUGGAGAGAAAUGCUAUGUAUGUAGUGAAUGUGGAAAAGGCUUCACUGGAAAGAGCAUGCUCACUAUACACCAGCGAACUCACACCGGAGAGAAACCCUACAUCUGCAGUGAAUGUGGGAAAGGCUUUACCACAAAGCACUAUGUCAUCAUCCACCAACGGAAUCAUACAGGAGAGAAACCCUACAUAUGCAAUGAAUGUGGGAAAGGUUUCAUCAUGAAGAGCCGUCUGACUGAACAUCAGCGAAUUCAUACAGGAGAGAAGCCGUAUGUGUGCAAUGAAUGUGGAAAAGGCUUUCCCAGAAAGGGUAAUCUGAUUGUACAUCAGAAGACUCAUACAGUAGAGAAAUCCUAUGUAUGUAGUGAAUGUGGAAAAGGCUUCACUGUGAAGAGCAUGCUUACCAUACACCAACGAACUCACACUGGAGAGAAACCCUACAUCUGCAGUGAGUGUGGGAAAGGCUUCCCAUUAAAGAGUCGGCUGGUCGUGCAUCAGCGAACACAUACUGGUGAAAAACCUUACCGAUGCAGUGAAUGUGGGAAAGGCUUCAUUGUGAACAGUGGACUGAUGUUACAUCAGCGAACUCACACUGGAGAGAAACCCUAUAAAUGCAAUAAAUGUGGAAAAGAGUUUGCCUUUAAGAGCAAUCUUGUGGUACAUCAGCGAACUCAUACCGGAGAGAAACCCUUUACAUGCAGUGAGUGUGGAAAAGGUUUCACCAUGAAACGCUAUCUCAUCGUACAUCAACAAAUUCAUAUGGGAGAGAAGUCCUAUAUAUGCAGUGAAUGUGGAAUAGGUUUUGUCAUGGAAACAGAGCUCAUUUUACAUCAGCAGAUUCAUACUGGAGAGAAACCUUAUGCCUGCAGUGAAUGUGGCAAAGGCUUCACUGUGAAAAGCCGUCUAGUGGUUCAUCAGCGGACUCAUACAGGAGAGAAACCUUUUGUAUGCAGUGAUUGUGGAAAAGGCUUCUCCUCAAAAAGGAAUCUCCUUGUACAUCAAAGAACUCAUAAUGGAAACAAACCAUAAAAGUGACGACUAUGAUCACAACUACAGGAAGAAAAUAUGCUUUGUCCAACAUCAGAGAUUUCUAACCUUUAUAUAUACUGACUGUGGAAAAUCCUAUUCAGCAUUGGUAUUGGUCUCAUUACCCACCAGAAAAUUUACACAGGAGACAAACUGUAUGUAUGCAAUUAACGUGAGAAAGCCUUCAACACAAAUUCAACACUCACUGUACCUCAAAAGAACUCAUACAAGAGUUCUUUUGUCAACCCUUGUUAAUACACAUGAGAAACAUAUAGGUCAAAGUACAUAAUUCUUUGUAGAAACUCUGAACUCAUUAUAUACAAGUGAAUUUGUUUAGGAUGAAAAAGAUGAUAGUUCAGUGACCUCAUUAAACAUUGUGUGCUCCUAGCACACUUGACUAUCAUCAGUGUAGAUUAGCCUGCUGCUAGACUUCACCCUUAAGAAAUAUGAAAUUUGCAGAGGGGUGAAGUUUAAUGAAUGAAGAGAAUGUGCUAGUGCCUUCAGUGAUCAGUUACCUCACAUUUUAUGUCUAAAUUUACAUGUAGGAAAAGCUCUGAUACAUUCAAUGCAGAAAAAGCUCGAGAAAGCAUUUUUAGGUACUAAUUAUAUGUCUGAAAAGUAUAUGCUAAGAUAAAUCCUAUGAAUGGAGAGACUAGGAAAGCCUUCUAUGGAAAUAAAAACCCUGUCUCAUCAGUGAUCAUAAUAGAUCACCAAUGAGCUCAUACAUCUUAACAAUAUGAUGAUCGUGGGAAAGCCUUUGCCUGGAAAUAAAACCUCAGUAAGUUGCCUGAUACGAAUGCUGGAGAAAAAUUUUCAGAUGGCAAUGAAAAUGGCAGGAUUUCAGUGAUACAUUCUGCCUCAUUGCUUUUCAUGAAUUCACACAGAAAUAAAAUGGUUAUGGACCCACUAAAUAUGGAGUAACUUUAGCAAAAUAUCAGAAUUCUGAAGGAAAGAAACCUCACGAAAAUGACAUACACUUGAAUUUUCUAUCAGAAGUCUAAAUUUAUUAUACACCUGAUGUCCAUUUUGGGGCAGAAUACCUUGAACCAUAUCAAUGAUUCCAUAAUUUUAAAGUGGGCUAGUCUUGACACUAAUUUGUAAUGUUAUAUACAAUACAGGAGUGUUCUGUGCCCACCUUGUAUUAUUAUAUGUUUCACUCUUGCAUUUCUUAGGUUCUAAAUUCAGCUCUGUCUACAGUGUAUUUCAAAAUAAAAAGGAAUAUAUUCAUAAAUGUAAUCCAACAUAACUGGAUGUAUUUAUCUAAGUUUAAAAGUAGCAUUAGGUAGUUUACAAACACUUUAAAAAUGAUUUUUCUAAAAUUCAUUUUGAAAUAGUUUUAGACUCCCAAGUAAUUAGAAAAUAUACCAAGUUCCCACAUACCCUUACUCAGUUUCUUCAGUGAUGUUAUGUUACAUAACCAUAAUACAUCAUCAAACCCAAUAAAAUGGCAUUGGUGCAGUAAACUGGAUCUUAUUUGGAUUUUAGUAGGUUUUUGCAUGUACUAAUUUGAAGUUUUUUGGUUUUAGUAUAUAUUUUUAAAGAAAUUUUAUCUUAUACAUAGGAUUUCUGUAAAGCCCACCACAAUUGGGAUGCAGAAUUGUGCCAACACAAAGAAACAUCUUCCUGUUACCCUCUGUGGUCACACUCUUCCCCCACCCCUGACCAUGGUGACCACUGGUCAGACUCCAUCACUCCAACUUGGUUAUUUCAACAAUGCUGUUACAAUGGAAUCAUACAGUGUGUAGCCUUUGAGAUAGGCUUCGUUUCACUCAGCAAAUUGCUGUUAAGAUCCAUCCAAAUUUUUUGGUGUAUAAAUAGUUUUACUUGUUGUUAAUAGUAUUCUUUUGUAUGGCUGUACAAUGACUUACCUGUUUACUGUUGACAGAUGUCUGGGUUGUUUGCCAGUGUUUCAUUGUUUUGAAUAAAACCCUAUGAACAUUUGUGGACCCAA